UAGCCCUACGGAGGGUAUAUAGGGAUGCUGUCUGACUUUCCCCAUUAGACUCUGGUUCUGUGCAAGAGCAGACAUGCUGCGUGAUGAGUAACCUUGAACCAGAUACAAGAAAUGAACAGACAGGGAGAAAAGGUGAAAAGUUAAGAAUGAAAACAAGGAUUUGGAUUGAGUGAAGCAAAGCGAAGGACUGAAAGAGCAGCUGAAAAUCAAAGGACAUAGACAAAAAGGGACACUGCAAAGGACACUGGUAUUUCCUUGGAUUUAUUUCUCCCUUGGAUUCGCGUUUCCCUCCUUUUGAUCUAAAAGCAGCGAGGGGCAUCAAAGCUGCAGGAUGAAGUACAGCUACCAUGUACCGGUGUCAACGUACACACGAAGUCCACAGCACACGUCGAUGUACCACACUUCAUCCUAUUGCAGCCCCUCACAUUACACGCCAGCAUCCACCUAUGCCUCAGUAUCGAAGUACACCCCCACACAGCUCAGCACCACAAAUUACACCCCAUCCUAUUACACGUCCUCCUACAAGGCGGCACCGACAUACAUCCCCUCAUACAGCAGAGACUCACGGUACAGCUCAACGCGACGCACACAAGCACAAGAAAACCCUGCACCUGUCAUCCCCGUGGAACUCCCCAAAAGAACCGUCCACUUCCCCAACGACAUCAUCUUCCAGGAUAACGUCAGACGAGGGGAUCUGGAGCAAAUCGGCCGCUUCAUGAGAGCGAGGAAGGUUCGUGUGGAUACGCUCUUCAACUCAGGCAUGGCUGCUCUACAUGAAGCCGUACUAACUGGGAACCUGGAGGUGGUGAAGCUGCUGGUGAAAUAUGGCGCCGAUGUCCAUCAGAGAGACGAAGACGGCUGGACGCCAUUGCACAUGGCCUGCAGUGACGGCUAUCCUGAAAUUGCCAAGUAUCUUUUGGCAAAGGGGGCAAGCACAGAAGCAGAGAAUGAAAGUGGAGAGAAGCCUGCAGACCUCAUUGACCCAGACUGUAAAGAGCUGGCCAAACUGUUUGAGACAGGCUGUGUGUGACGAGACACCAAGUGGACCCAAGAGACAACAGCCACGACAAAAAUAAAAAGAGUUGCCACUCGGAGAAGCAACUUAAAGCAACGUCAGUCCAAGUUAACAGAGCCGAGGAGCAUUUAUGUCACUGAUGAGCAAAAUUUAGCUUUUUGCUUUCAACAGGGAGACCCAGACUUUUAUCAAGAUUUUUUUUAAUCAUUACCUUUAACAAUUUUCUGAUGGGUAUCUGUGUUAUUUUCUUAUAGAUUUAGACUUUAUUUUGCACAUCAGAGGUUUUUGGGGGAUUUUUUUUGUGGGGGGUUUUACCACCAGUGUCGGCACUAUAAUUAUUAUUAUGCAGAAAACGUCACUGAAAAAAUGCUUUUACUUGUUCAGGUCAGAAUACUUGUUCAUUUUUGGAGAAAAUGUGUGUUUUUUUUUGUUUUUUUUUAUCUCAUGAGCUCUUCAGUUUAAGCAUUUUAUCAGUUACAUUUGAUGUUGAGCAUUUUAUUUUAU